UGACUGUGUGGACGCCUGUAUCAAAGGAGUAGAUGAAAUUAGCUACUGAACAGAGGGUGUGUCCUCCUGGAUAUAUGUAGUAAGCUUGUGUUGGUGGUGUAAUAUAGCAGGUAGGUAGGUAGCUUGCUUCCAUUAGAGCAGCACAUCUGCCACCCAGCGAGGGAGAAGGCUGCUGGGCUCCUGCGCACUUCAUCGCUCACGCAUCGCCGAGGCGGUGGUGAAGAUGUGAAGAUGGCGGAGUUACAAAUGCUAUUGGAAGAGGAGAUUCCCGCUGGCCGAGGCGCUUUGCUGGACAGCUAUGCCAAUUUGGAGCGAGUGGCGGAAUACUGCGAGAGCAACUACAUACAGUCUCCAGAUAAGCAGAGAGCGUUAGAGGAAACAAAAAGCUACACUACUCAGUCUCUGGCCAGCGUCGCCUACCUGAUCAACACAUUAGCCAACAAUGUGUUGCAAAUGCUGGACAUCCAGGCGUCUCAGCUACGCCGAAUGGAGUCCUCCAUCAACCACAUCUCACAGACGGUGGACAUCCACAAAGAGAAGGUUGCCAGGCGUGAGAUUGGCAUCCUCACCACCAAUAAGAACACUUCUCGCACGCACAAGAUCAUCGCACCAGCCAAUCCUGAGAGGCCUGUGCGCUACAUACGCAAACCCAUUGACUACAGCCUGCUGGAUGAUGUAGGCCACGGAGUGAAGUGGUUACUAAGAUUCAAGGUUAAUGCACAGAACAUGAAGGCUGGUACAACCACACGUACAAAUGCCCCAACCCAGAAACCACCCAGUCCUCCAGGCCCUGGGAAAGGCACCCUUGGGCGCCACUCCCCCUACCGGACGCUCGAGCCCGUGCGUCCCCCUGUCGUCCCUAACGACUACGUGCAGAGUCCGACCCGCAACACGGCCCCGCCCCUCCAGAGCCCGGCACGCACCGCCUCCGUUAAUCAGAGGACCCGCACGUACAGCAGUGGCAGUAGUGGAGGCAGUCACCCCAGCAGUCGGAGCAGCAGCAGAGAGAACAGUGGCAGUGGGAGCGUGGGUGUGCCUAUUGCUGUGCCAACCCCUGCCCCACCUUCUGCUUUCCCAGCAGGUACAGCCUCCGGCCCCCCGAAUCCCCCAAAGCUCCCUCCCAGCAUCCCAACUCCCCCAGCACCACCUCCUCCCCCCACCCCCGAGCCUGCACCCCCUGUUCCCCCUGCCCCUGUGGCCCCUCCUGCAGAGGCCCCUCCUGAGGUCCCCCCUCCCCCACAACUGCCCCCCUCCUUGCCCGUUAGUUCCACCACAAACACUGCGGCUGCUACCAGCACCCCUGCACAAGGAAAUGGUCCUCAGUUCUACAGUAUGAACCGACCAAUGACGCGACAGACCACGCCCUCGGUGGGAGGCUCUCUGCCCUAUCGCAGGCCUUCCUCUGUCACCAAUCAGCCAAAUAACGCACCUCAGAACGCUAACCCAAACGUGAGCCAGAACCAGCUGAACGGGGGCCCACACUACAACCAGAAUCAAGCCCCUAUGGCCCCUCCUCCCCCUACCAUAUUACAGAUCACUCCCCAGCUGCCUCUGAUGGGCUUUGUUGCUCGGGUUCAGGAGACCAUCUCAGAUGCACCUCCUCCUCCACCCCCUUCAGAAGAGGUGGAGUUUGUGGACACAGCGCCUCCCCCUCCUCCACCAGAAGACUACGAGGAUGAGGAGGGUGAGGAAGAUGAAGAGUCAGCAGUGGUGGAGUACAGCGACCCCUAUGCUGAGGAGGAUCCACCAUGGGCUCCACGCAGCUACAUGGAGAAAGUGGUGGCGAUCUACGAUUACGCACGCGACAAAGAGGAUGAGCUGUCCUUCCAAGAGGGGGCGAUCAUUUACGUCAUUAAGAAGAACGACGACGGCUGGUAUGAGGGGGUGAUGAACGGCACCACGGGUCUCUUCCCCGGAAACUACGUCGAGUCAAUCAUGCACUACGCCGACUGAUCCAGCAGGGGGUGCUGUUCCUCCCUUCCUCCCUCUCUCUCUCUCUUGCUCUCUCUCUCUCUAUUUCUCUCUCUUCAUCUUUUCAUCUUACUAUUUCUCAUUGAUCUCAAUCUUCCCUCAUACACACCAGAACAUACUCACACAUAUAUAAACACACACACAAACAGAGACUGCAUAACACACUGACACACACUUGCACGUGAAGCGCACACACACACAUACAUAAAUAUAAAUCACUAAAUACACACACAUACAUACAUUGACGAACAUUUUUGGAUGGAGAGAAGUUUUAAACAGAAGGAAAGAUGAAAAAGUAGUAGUCAGCUGUAGAAGUGGAAGGCUUGACUUGGCUUUGCUCCAUCACUGGUGACUGGUGUUGUAUGAUGUGAACGAUGUAUGCGGUGACUGUGGCUGAAAGCUGUAAGAGAUAUGUGAGAUAUAAAUAUAAAUAUAUAUCUAUAUCUAUAUAUAUAGGCUUAAAGACUUAUAAGGACCAUUUUUCAUGUCUUAAUUUGAAUCUCAUAGCACCUUUCCUUCCCAGAAACACCUCCUACACAUUCACAGUGCUGGUUUUUACUCCAAUCGUGGUGAUGACCCCUGUAUGCCCCACCCCCUUAACUUGCCGUUUUCCAGGGAACUGCCUGCACUCUGGACGAAUGGUAGGAAUUUAAUGAAGUAGAAAGGACACCUUCUGCUGCCAUGGCCCUCGUUUCCACUUGGCUUUCACAGAGGAACAGCAGGGCACAAACAUGACAUGACCUUCUCUUCUCUCUCCUUCUCUUCUCCUCGUUCCUCGACUGCUGCAAGCUGCUGCAAGUCAGAAGGUGAUGUGUCCUUAUAUAUUGAUAUUGGCCUGUGACUACACUACAGUUGCUAAACUAAAGACUUUUUUUGUUCUGAGUUUUUUGUGGACAUUUGGAUAUUAACACUACAGAUAAUGGGACGUUGUGCUUUACGAGUGGAUUAUUUUAUUUUAUUAUUAUUAUUUGUUUUUUCUUGUUUUUGGUCUCCUCACUACAUUAACAGCUGUAUCAGUGGGAUCAGUUUGAAGUCUUUAGCAGUAGGCUAUACCAAAGGAUUCAGACGCAUGUAGAUAUUUUUUUUUAAUCUUUUUUUUUCUUCGUUAUUGGACUGUGGAGUUGUGGUGUUGUGUCAUUGUGACCGAAUACAACCUUAAUACAACUUUAAUACAUCCAAUCGUUUUUUUUCUGUCAUUCCUCUUCAUUACAUACAUUUUUUUUUUUUCAUAUUUUUUAAAAUUGCUUUAAUUUGUUUUGCAGUUCUCUCUCUCUUAUUCUAUUCUAUUCUUUGUAUGUAUGAUAUAUAUAAAAAAAAACACUUGAAAUUUUAAGCUUUGUGCCAUAAAGAAAAGUGUUCAUAGAUAGUCUAAAAUGUUUAUGAAGAAGACUAACUAUACAAACUCUAUACUGUUCUCGCCACCCGUCAUUUGUGUUCAUCGGAGCUGAAUAUAUAUACAUAUAUAUAAAAACAGAAACUCUAGGUGGUGGAUGUUUUUUAUUUUAUUUCUUUUUUCUUACUCUAUUUUUGUUUUACUUUAUUGUUUAUGACCAACUCAGAUGGACUCAAGAGAUACACUAUGUUACACUAUGUUCAAUAUUCAUUUUUCUUUCUUUUUUUAUGAUAAUGGAAAUAUUGGUGUUGGUGUAUACGAGUGGCGUAAGAGCAAAAGAACACACUCAUUUUUUUCUGCAAUAAUGAAGGCACCAUACGAAAGUUCUCUGCGUUCAAUACACAGAGGGUUCUCCGCCGUCAAAGAAAGCACAAGCAGAUAGAUAGAUAUGAUUAUGAAACAGCACCUGAAAGACUUCAAUAAAGAUGAAGGGAAGGUUCCGUGGAAAAGCAGACCAGCCCAAACUUCAGAACAUUCUCUCUCACACAGAUGUGGCUCGCUCCACUCGUUCAGAACUGUGCCAACCGCACAGAUGUUUUUCUAUGAGGUACAUUGAUGUCUAUGUGUAAAGUCUGUGAGUGAGUGUCUGAGUGAGUGAGUGUGUGUGUAUGAGAAAGCGAGGGAGAAUAAAGUGUGUGCCGUGUGUGAAACCAUUCACCAUUUGUGGAUUAUUGGUGACUGACUUGCUUGUCUGUGCAAAUUCCUUCUUAUUUUCGAUGGAGGGUCUGUGGCAGUGUGUGUGUGUGUGUGUGUGAAGAGUCUUGCAUGUUGAUCAUUUUUGUGAUUAUUUUUUUUUCCCUGCUGAUGGAGAAUAAACUGGAUUUAUCUAGUCUG